AUGGCUGCCAGGGACCGGGCUCUCGGCAACAGGUCUGCUGCGGUUUUCACCUAUUCUGUGCUGCUCUUUCUGUGGCGAGCCGGGGCACACGGCUAUCCGGACAGUAGUGAAGUUACGGAGAAGGACCAAAGCAGAGAGGAAGAUGUUGCCCAGUGGUGGGGAGAAUGGAGCUCCUGGUCCACUUGCAGUCGGAGCUGCGGAGGAGGGGUCAUGUCACAGGAGAGGCACUGUUUACAGCAAAGACGUAUAAUUUCACAAAACAAAAAUGGCACCUUUUGCACUGGAUCACCUCGGCGCUACCACUUAUGCCAGAACCAGCCCUGUCCAAACAAUGGCAUCAGCUUCAAACAACAGCAAUGUUCUGCUUUUAAUGCCAAAGCAUUCAGUGGCAGAUACUAUCACUGGGUUCCACUGUAUCCAGAUGACCACAUUAAUAUUUCUAAUAAGCCAUGCGACUUGCAAUGCACCACUACUGAUGGAGAGAGGCAGUUAAUGGUUCCUGCUCAGGAUGGAACAUCGUGCCGAGACAGAACCUAUCAGGGUGUCUGCAUUACUGGCCGAUGUGAGCCUGUUGGUUGUGAUGGUCUCCUGUACUCCUCCAAACGGCUAGAUAAAUGCGGACUCUGUGGUGGUGAUGGCAGCACCUGCUUCCGAAUCUCGGGCACCUACCGACGUGGGAUUACGCAUUUAGGUUACCUUUUCAUUACAAACAUUCCAGUUGGCGCUUCCGACAUCCAAAUAAUUGAAAGGAGGAAAACAGAAAAUAUUUUAGCUCUCGCAGAUGAAGGUGGCUACUUUUUCUUCAAUGGGAACACAGCGAUUGACAAUCCUCGGAAUUUCCGGGUGGCUGGGACAGUAUUUAAGUACAGGCGACCUGCGAAUCCACUAUCUGAUGGCUUUGAAUACAUUAUUGCCCAAGGGCCUACCAACCAAGGACUGAAUGUGAUGUAUUACAACCUCAAUGGGAAGAUGCCACAUGUCACAUAUGAGUAUACGAUCCCACGACCGCCUGUGCUGAAGCCUGCACCGCCUGUUGAGAGUCCAUUCUACUUCAGUGUGCCUGAAGCAAAGUUCGAGGACCGUGGCAACAACUGGCAUCAAGUCAAAUUCCACCCAGGCCCCAAUGCCCUUCAGUCCAACGUAAUCAGUUUGAGCCCAACACCGUGGAACACCACAAGCACUUUGCACCGCCCCCGUUUGCACAGUAACUUUCGAAGCAGUUCUCAGCAGAGCAGUCUGAGAGCGCUGUGCAGGAACAGCUCCCUGAACGCAGCUCUGUCCAUCUUGUGCGUGGGGAUUCAGGCUAACGUAUCGGCCAAGCUCAGGACUGAGAACUUCACUAGUUACUCAAACCCAGGAGGAGGCAGCCAGCAACUUGAAGAACCCAAUCAGGGCAGCGUACUUGAACAGAUUCAUGUGGGCUCGGAGCCCGGGAUAAACACUGGAGGUGAGGAGAGAUUUAGCUACAGCCUGCUGACGGACUCAAUUUACCCGCUUUCCAAUUCCACUUCAUUCCACCUCUUAAACUUCGUGAAUAACCACAGGACGGAACCUAUUCAGUCACCAGACACUGAAAGCAAUGAGUUUGAGGAUGGAGAUAUUGAUCACGAUAUCAGUCUGGCUGACAUGUACAGAUGGAAGGUAUCAGCGUACGCACCCUGCAGUUCCACAUGUACCACAGGCAUUACCACUUCUUAUGCUAUGUGUGUCAGGUACGAUGGAGUGGAGGUGGAUGAGUCUCACUGUGAUGCGGUUACCAGGCCUGAGCCGACACAUGAAUUUUGCACAGGAAGGGAAUGCCCUCCCAGAUGGGAGACCAGCAGAUGGAGCGAAUGUUCCCGGACCUGUGGGGAAGGAUAUCAGUUCAGGACAGUGCGGUGCUGGAAAAUGAUUGCUCCGGGUUUCGACAGCUCCGUUUACGAUGAAUUGUGCGAAGCAGCUGAGCUAACCAGGCCCGUGGAGCGCAAAGUCUGCAAAAACAAGGGAUGUGGGCCACAGUGGGAAGUGUCAGAAUGGUCGGAGUGUUCUGCGCGGUGCGGCACCAGGGGCAGCAUGAGACGUGAAGUUCGAUGCUCAGUAGAUCCUCGCUUGUGCGAUGAGUACACCAAACCAACCAACAAGAAGGAGUGCAUGGGGCCACCUUGUGACCGUCGCUGGACUGCAUCAGACUGGGGACCAUGCUCGGGAGUCUGUGGAGAGGGCCGCAUGACACGCUACGUGGUUUGCAGGAAUAACGAAGGGAAGGUCCUGCCUGACUCGCAGUGCGACCUGACGACAAAGCCCCUGGCGGUGCACCCCUGUGGAGAUAGAGACUGUCCCCCUCACUGGGUGUCACAGGAGUGGGAGCAGUGCAAUGCCACGUGUGGCCGGGGCAGGAAGACCCGGAAGAUUCUAUGUGCCGGCUUGGAAAAUGGAGUCUAUAAGGAGUACGAGGAGAGCCGAUGUGGUCACUCCAAGAAGCCUGACGAGGAGGCGGCCUGUUUCGAGAGACCCUGCUCAAAGUGGUUUAAAACAUCUUGGUCCCAGUGCAGUAAAACCUGUGGCAGUGGAGUCCGAGUUCGUGAAGUGAAAUGUUACCAGGGAGAUGAAGUUGGACAAGGCUGCGAUCCAUCCACAAAGCCGGAGGCAAAAGAGACGUGUGAGGUUCAGCUCUGUCCCACAGACGCACCAGAUGACAACUGUCAGGACAAAGUGACGGCCAACUGUGCGUUGGUGUUGAAGGUGAAACUGUGCACACACUGGUACUACAGGAAGGCCUGCUGCAGAUCCUGUAAGAACAGGGCAUAA